GAACCUAUAAUUUCGGAAAGAAAUAAUACUUGUGCGGUCACUUGUGCUACAGGUUCUGCGGGAAUUCCAGAGACCUGCCAACAUUACAAAGGAAGAAAUGGAUGCUGCAGGGGAUGGUGAUGUCCUUGUGAUAUUGGAUCUGCGUGCUGAUGAAUCCUUGUAUGAGGCUGGGAUUGCACGUGAGGUGAUUAAUAGGGUCCAGAAACUAAGAAAAAAGGCCGGUUUAGAACCCACUGAUUUUGUGGAGUUUUUCUACGAGUCAUUGGAUGAGGACAAAAUUGCUUUAGAAAACAUUGUGAAGUCACAGGACCAAUACAUUAGAAACACCCUGGGUUCACCUUUGCUUCAUCACACAAUGAUUUCUAAAGAUGCUGUUAUUUUCUGCCGUGAGGAAGUACAUGGAGUUUCUGGUUUUUCAUUUGCCAUCACAAUCACAAAGCCUACUUUGAUGUUUCUUUUAGAAGACAUUGUUAAAUUAUUUUCUGGAAAUAACAAGUUCGCUGAAGCUUUGUGCACUUAUCUGCUAUCUAGGGACCAUUCGAAGUUAAGAUCAGAGUUCCAGGCUGGAAAGGGCAAGGUUUAUAUGAUUUUAUUCACAUAUUCAAUUUAUUAUUAUGACGAAUCUUCUUUUGAUUUUGAUUCUGAAAAAAGCUGGACUAAGCGUUUUUGAUAAUUACCGUCAAA